GUGACGCCAUGACGCACCGUGUGCGUCAAAUACGGAUGUAAACAUUACUCGGUUCACGUUCACGUGGAGGGAAAACCGUUCUCUUAAAACAUCCAUGGGGUAAACCAAAACCGACGAUGGCACCGAUGCUGGAGCGUUUUAUCAGCCCGGGAAAAGGUAACGGUCUACGGACGACAACCAGGAUCAAGAGAGGAGAGCUGGUGUACUCUGCCGAGCCGCUGGCGUGCUGUGUGUCCAACAAACUGGCCAGAGAUGUUUGCCACUACUGCUUCACACGAUGUGAGACCUUGUUGCGGUGUUCCCAGUGCAAGAUGGCUCGCUACUGCAAUAUCACUUGCCAGAAACAAGCAUGGUCUAGCCAUAAGAGAGAGUGCAAAUGUCUGCAAAGCCUCCUACCCAGAAUUCCCACUGACUCAGUCCGUCUGGCUGCGAGACUCAUCUUUGCCUUGUUAAGUCCAUCUAAGGGCAGUAGUGAGGAGCUCUACACUUUGGAGGAGCAUGAAUCACACCUAAAUUCCAUAUCUGAGCAGAAGAAACAUGGUCUGUCUCAGCUGGCAUCCAUGUUAGAACUGUACCUACAACAGGAAGUACCUGACCUGGCACAGGAAGCACUGCCACCUUCUUGCCAAGAACCCCUAAGCCUUCUUGCAAAGGUGACAUGUAAUUGUUUCACCAUCAGUGACGGAGAGCUGCAAGAGAUUGGAGUUGGGCUGUAUCCUAGUUUAUCUCUGCUAAACCAUGACUGUAGGCCAAACUGUGUGAUGAUGUUUGUGGGAACAAAACUGCAGCUCAGAGCUGUUCGAGAUAUCAACCCCGAAGAGGAGCUUACUAUAAGUUACAUUGAGACUUUGUCAUUGACUGAAGAUCGACAGAGACAGCUGGAGGACCAGUACCAUUUUACAUGCCACUGCCAGCAUUGCGACUCUCAAGACAAAGACAGACUCAUGCUGUCAGGGAAAGAAUCGACAUGGCGCCCACUGAAGGAGGCUCUACCCAGACUUGAAGGACUGAAAGCAGAGUCGGAUUGGCAAGCGCUAUUACAGGGCUGUAGUCAUCUAUUAUCGACUGUUGGCAGUGACGUGCCCGAUCAAAAUCUUUAUAAACUCCGAAUGACAGACAUGGCUCUAGAUGCUUCCAUUCACCUGGGACACUGGGAGGAAGCUGCGGAAUAUGGGGAGAAAACACUUCAAGUCUACAGCCAUUACUACCCUGAUCCCCAUCCGGUCCAUGGGGUCCAGCUGAUGAGAGUCGGAAAGCUGCAACAUUACCUGGAACAUAUUGAGGACGCUUUGGACACAUUCAAACAGGCCUAUCAGAUCAUAAAGCCCACCCACGGUGACAGUCACCCCAUGACUACCGAUCUGUUGAUGAGGAUGGAGGAAUGUCGUACCGAGAUGGUUCAACAAUCUUCCAGCAAGCACUGAGACACAAACGCAAAGAAAAAAACAGCUAGUGGACUUGCUACUGUACAUUUAACUUAGUGGACUAAUUUCACUUUCAUUUUCAUACGGUCUUUAGUUUAUUUGACAACAUUCAAAUACAGCAGUAAAAAAAUACUAGCGUAUCAGACCUCGUCAGGGAUAACACGUCAAAAUCCAUGACUUAUUUCUAUCGUGGUCCCUGAUGUUCCAGUCCAUCCUCGCCACAACAAGACGGAAUCACACGACCACGACAUGUCACAUCCCAACACAACAAUCCCAGUCCCUUGAUAUUUUAGUGUAUCAAUCAACCCCAAUAAUCAGAUUAAUGAGAAAUUAGAGAAACAGAAAGUAGAGAAAUAUACAUUUUGCCUACUGUAUUUGUACUUACAUCUGAUGAAUGUAUUGAAUUUAAAUCAGUAUGUUCAAAGACUGGUUUUUCUUUUUCUUACAUAGUUUAUCAGGAAUUGUCUUGAUAAACUUGCUUUGACGUUAAUUUCUCAUUUUGUAAAAACUGAAUGAACUUAGUUAAGAUGUGUUAUACCCAGUUAAACACGACAAAUGUCUACAGCCAUGCUAGUGUCUCUGUGAGGCGGUACUUACUGUAGGCACAGUGGUGCUUUGAACUGUAAGCUAGUUUAGCAUGCAAAUAUUUGGUUAUUAGCACUAAACACAAAGUAAAUCUGAGGCCGAUGGGGAAUGUCUUUUUUUGAAAGUUUUGCAGGUCAUUAACUUAAGUUAAGGAUUGGAGUAUUAUGAUCCUGGCACAGUAACAGGGAGCGUUAUCUACUUUAUCCACUAGAAAUCCCUUUAAAGGAAUAAUUCAACAUUUUAUGCUUGCUGAUAUUUGCAUUCUUUUUAAGAGUGAGAUGAGGAAAUAAAUAUGAAAAUCCUGUUUGUGCAUUACUACAGAGCUAGAGCUGCGAGGUGAUUAGCCAAGCUUAGCAUGCAGUAAAGACUGGAUGUCUGGAAAGCAGCCUGGCUCUGUCCACUGUUAAAAAAUAUGCCUACUACUCACUAAUUAACACAAUGUAUUAUUUGUUUAUUCUGCACUUAAAGAUACAUAGACAUAUUCCUAUUUUGCUCAAUUCAGUUUAUUAACGUGUGUGUGUGUGUGUGUGUGUGUGUGUGUGUGUGUGUGUGUGUGUGUGUGUGUGUGUGUGUGUGUGUGUGUGUGUGUGUGUGUGUGUGUGUGUGUGUGUGUGUGUGUGUGAGAAUUUUAGCUGGACUGUCUCCUGCUUCACAUACUAUCUAAAUGGGUGAUCUCAUGUCCACAGUGUGUGUGAGUGAGUGAGUGAGCGUGCGUGUGUGUGUGUGUGUGUGUUGUUUUAGUAAAGUCAAGUUUUCAAAACGUCCAUCUUUCCCCUACACAUAUCCAUCACACACACUUCCCAUGUUAAUCCCUGUUUUUGUGUGUUACAAGUUAAGCCCUGACUGUGUCUGUGAUGGAAUGUGGUGAUGGGUUACACACACACACACACACACACACACACACACACACACACACACACACACACACUUCCCAUGUUAAUCCCAAAAGUCUACCCUUUGCAAACUGAUGACUGCAUAUCCUCUGAGAGGGAAACCCUGUGAAUGUGUGUGUGUUUGUAUUUCUAUGGGCUAUGGGAGGAUUAGAGUCAUAUUAUGUUUGAUAUUUAUGUUUCUAAAAGGUUUAGCUUUUCCCCAAAUCCUUCAUCCGUCCUGGAUUAGUCAGUUGUCAAUUAUUCUCUAUUCACUGUUAUUCAGCAUAAACAUAUUAUAUUUAUGUUUUUUAAUGUAUUGCUUUUAUAGAGAAAAGGCUUUUAUUAAUUAUAUCUUGAAGAUUGAAUGCAGUUGUGCAGUAAUGAAUCUGGUAGAUUGAAUGGUCUGUGGAAGAGUCUGUCCUGCUGUACAAUACUCUUCCUAACUCCAUUACGCACUUCGUUGCCUCGGUUUCUUUCUGUCUCUCACCCUCUCCCUUUCUCCUCUCUUAACGGCCAUCAAAUUAGAUUUACUAUCGCUUAACCCUAACCCUCUGUCUCUCCCUUUCUGUCGCUCACUGUCUCUCUCCCCCAUUUUCUGUCUCUCUCACUCCCCAAAGGUUUUAAAUUAUAUUCACUGUGUGUCUUUGCCGGCAGCCUGAGCCAGUCACAGAAAUGACACCAAGUGGCAUUAUCCCAUUUUUAUUCACUCACCCUUCUGCCAUUUGCGCGCCCCCAUUUUCACUAUCAUUUCGCGGCAUUCCCUCUCUCUGUGUCUCCCCAUGCAGAUCAUCUCUCACUUUAUAUCUCUCUUCCUCGGUUUCUUCACCUUUUCCUUGUCCACUCGUAUCGUGCCCUUAUUUAAUUCUACAAUCUGUAUUCCAAACCCACAGCCAAAAUUCAACACACAGGAUUGGAAAUUGCUGUCAUUCCCAAAUUGAUUGUCAGGUCUCAUAAGAAUUGACAUUUGAUGAUGACAAAAUCCAAGUUUUCAAAUUUGGUUUGUUUUAUUAAGUAUUUUUUAAUCAGUACAUCAAAUAGUUAAAUUUAACGCGUCAAUAUGCCAAUUCAUAAAAUUACACGUUGAGCUUUUAAUAGGUCAACAACACCAGUUGGCAGGUGACUUUUUCUUCUCCCUUUUCAGUUGCUUGGUCCUUACACAAAGAGAUGCUGCUGUUUCAAGUUGUAUAUUAACAGCUGGAGACGGUAUUUUAUCCCCGGUAUCGCUUCUCGAUUAUCUUCCAGUGUUUCAGCGUUCAGUGAUAAGGAGUAAAUGGAUAUUACCUUAUAUUCGUGAGUAAUCUCACUUUAGAUUAAAAAAAGCGAGACAAAACUAUAUCUCCAUGUUAACCUCACACCUUUACCAUCUCCUUAUCACCCCCUUCAUCUUUCUUUCAUCUUUGAUUAGGCUUCUUCAUAAUCAGAGCAGACUCUUUAAACCAGAGGGCUGUUGAACUGAAGAGUAACUGCCUCUAUAUUGCAGCUUUCUGGACACAAUUUAACAUUAUGAAAAUUGCUUGUUUAUUUUGAUUUUGAUUCUUGCCAGGUUAGUGGCAUAGCUCUAGGGAGGUUGUUCUGUCUAUCAGUCGGCCCAUCCAUCACUUUGCUCCAGACUGGAUUAUUGCCAUUAAUUGUGGUUGACAUUUGUGGUUUUGAGUGAAAUGUCUUAACAACUAUUGGAUGGAUUGCCGUUCCCGUUCCCUUCAGGAUGAAUUGUAAUCACUUUGGUUAUUUUAACUUUUCAUCUAGCUCCAUCAUCAGGUUAAAAUUUAAAUUUGGCCCAUACUCACAGGGCUAGACUAAACAUAUUUCUGGAGAAAAGCAUUUACUCACCAAGUUAGCCAGAGUUAACAUCUAAAAAAGAACUUGUGAAAUCCCUGUUUACAUGUUGGGAGUUAUUUAUAGAAGUAAAGUGUUCAGUAAUUUUCAUUUUCCGAGCACAUAUUAAAGUGGUCUAAACUUACAUGGGCACCUGAUUAAAAAAAAAUGUAAGAGAGGGAAACUACCAAAAAGAUUCACUUGUAUAAAACAGGAUUACUUUAAGACAAAGCCCAAUCGGACAGAACAAUUAUCUAAUUAGGUACCGAUCUCAGCAACAACAACAUAGACCGCUUUACCAUGAACGUUAGUCUCACUAUCCUGGGAAGGACAUUAAACUCGUUUUCUUACCUGACGUAAAUGAUUUUAGCAGAUAGGUGAGUUAACAAAAAGAGCAUUCGGUGAGUGAUGAUUGCAUAUUAUUUGUCCAAAAUCACCCAGGAGAUCAUUCUCUUACUAUAUUUUCCAAAUUUAAUGUUUUUUAUAACCCAAAAUUCCAGGUGUCCACUUGUCUCCCUGGUUUGUCCUCCCUAACCUCAACCAUCUUAUCUCUCCUGCACCUUUCAGCUCUUCCACCCCACAUCUCUCCCUCUCUCUCUCUCUCUCUCUCUCUCUCUCCCCACUCUUCCGUCUCUUCUAAAAUGUAAUCCCUUACUCCUUUCUCACUUGUCUCCCUCUUUCCCCGCGUUUCCCUUUUUGCUACCUUUAUUCUCCUCUCUUCUCUCAUCUAUUCUCUCCCUCUGCCUCCUAUUCCUUCCUUCACGUCCUUCCUGUUCCCUGCUGUGUGGGUGAUCAAAGCAGGCUCAACAGGGCAAUAUGUCAUCUAGGAAGCUGCCUACAGCUGUAAAGGUACACACACACACACACACACACACACACACAGUAGAAACUAAUUGAUAUCUAACAGGCACACAAUCUAAGUCUACCUUUCCUUGAGGUUUUGGAGUGGAACAUUGUUUUUUCCAAAAUGCUCUACUAUAUUAACUUUUUUUUUAAACCAGCUUGAAUUCAUUAGCCAAUACAAAUAUUAUGUGUUAAGGUUUACCAGCAGUCCUUGAGAGAGUUGUGGUCAUUUUUGUAUGGGUAUACGUCCAUUCUCAUUUUGGACACUGAAAAAGUGACAUGUGACCGUUUGCAUCCAUCACAGGUUUAUUGUUUCCAGGCAAACUUAGCUGACUGAGACAGAAAAGACAGGAGCGACAGGUUCCGUCUAUAUCUGGCAGAAAUAACUAGAUCAUUACAAAUUCAAAAAAUCCCUGAAGAAAAAAAUGAACCAUUGAAGCUUAGUGGUAAUCAACACAAGGCUACCUGACAGAGGCACGGGGCAUAGCACAACAUUCUGGGUCCUGUAGAAAGGGAUUUUCUAUGGGAGCAUCCACAGCUAUUGAUUCUAGCAUAUUUUUGGCCCCUCUUCACAUGAGGGCCCUGGGUACUCAGUCCCCUUUCCCCCCCCCCAGUCCGACGCCCCUGCAGAGGCAUAACUCAUAUUGGGUCCAUUUGGCGACAUGCACAGAGAAACCUCAAAACAAACAAUAGGUGAUGUAGAAAAUGUAAUAGAGGACAUGGAUGAAAAUAUAUUUUAGUUCCUCUUAACGAAAUGUGUUAAAAUGUGGAAUAAAACCUCAUGUUGUAUAUUCCAGCAGAAGUUGUUAAGUUGGUGAAUAAAUCACUGAGCAAAGA